AUGGUUAUAAAACAUAAUCUUAUAGUCUAGCAUGCAUUUCAGGCCAUCUGAAAAUAAACACAAAUUUCAAAAGUGAAACAUAUUUUGGUGAAGUAUUUUUUAAAUGUUGGAAAUUUCCUUCAAACGGAAACACUUUACUGAAUUCUGUAAAUCGUGAGCGUGCGUUCACGUUCGUUUUCCCAAAGUGUGUUUAUAUUUGAUCAAUUUUUAAAAAAAAUAUGAUUUAAAAAUCACAAAUUUGGGGUCUGUAGCAUUUGGCAUUUACAUUACUAGUUCCACGUAAAGUUAUUUUCUCCAAAUAUCAGAACACACCAAGGAACGAUGGAACAUACGUUACAUACCCAAAUUCAUCAUCCUACAGUUUCGUGAACGUGCGUUUUCAUACGCCCUGCGUGUUUGUCUGGGCACCCCGCGUGUUGUUGAAAAGCCACGUGAAACGAGAAGCGAUCUUUUCGAUUCUCCAUUUUGGCUUGUUGACUUUGUACGUAUUUUGUUGCAGAAUUUAUCGUAUUUCUAGCAUGUUUUGUUCGUUUUUUUAUCAUUUUAGAUAGUGUGUGAAUCUUGUAGUUGAAUGUCUAUCGUAAAAUAUAUGCGAAAUACUGAUUUUAAAACACAUUUUUGGCAAAACUAGUGAAUAGAAUAUUAUUCGUAAGCAAAUUUAUAUACAUUUUUGGUAUUUUAAUUCCAGCGAAAUGUUGUAUUAUUAAAAUAUGAGACAAAUUUACUGUCUUGUGCUAUUUGCUUAAAAAGUAUAUGUCUCCUACAUACAUGCAAGAAUCUACAAAAUUAAAUCACUGCCAAAAUAUUGAGGAGGGUUGGUUGAAUCCUAAUGCACCUAUCAAUGUUUUCCCCCUGAGAGGGGGGGGGGGGGUGCGGGCAACCCAGGGGAAUUUUGACAUUUUUAAAAUUUUGUCGUCAAAAUCCCCACUGUUGGGCAAGGAACGGCUGUCAAAAUUCCCCCACUAUAUUUCCUAAGAUAACAAGGCACACAUAUGUUUUCCAAUGCGAACAUACAGUCUAUACUGGUUUAAACUUGGUAAAAAUUGAGACACUGUGUAUAAAAUACCUUUAUCGAUGAAACUUGAUCGUGCUUCUCCGCCAUACUUGUUACCAGGCCUUUAAUGUCAAAACCGUGCAAAUUUUCAAGAUGGCGGAUGUCAAAAUUUCCCGACUCUGGGAGUUGAUGCAUAGGUCAAAUUCCCCUCCCUGGUGCUUCAUAGUGUGGUCAAAGUCCCCUGGGUUGCCCGCACCCCCCCCCGGCCCCCCUCAGGGGGAAAACAAUGAUAGGUGCAUAAGGGGCCAUAACCAUAUUCAUGUUGUCACAAGGGGCCAGGCCCAUAUCCAUGUUUACCCACCCACCCCAGAUAACGUUGAUCGAUAUUCAGUCCUAUUUUGACCCCUAAACUCACAAUUAUUAUACUUUACUAAGUACUGUCAUUGGCUGGGAUUGUAUUUUGAUACAAUAUUUAAACAAUUAUGCACGAUAUUCAGAUACUGGGAUGGUUACUUUGGACAUUACUUGUCAAAUUGCCACGAGAUAAUGUUGACAAGUUCACAUAAAAACCCACCUACCCACUUAUAACGUCGGUCGAUUCGACGUUAUUUGUGGCAACAUGAAUAUGGAUGUGGCCCGUAAUUGGGCUAGAAUAGAGAUCUGACCACAGAAUACAGACCUCCCCCUAGUGGUGUCCAGCACCAGAAUGGGGGAAUGCCCUUCAGAGGCGUAACUAGAGCAUUAAUUGGAGGGGGUGUGUAUAUUCAUAUAUUUGUGUUCUGCCCGACAAAUUUCUUUUGAAUUUAAGUUCAUUUCAAAAGAAAUUAGUUGGGCAGAACACAGACAUAUGAAUAUACACCCCCACCCCCCAAUUAACACUCUAGUUACGCCUCUGAUGCCCUUUGACCCCUGUGGUAAUCCACCCCCUUUGGAAAAUCUUUACCCUCUCUAACAAAUCAGGUCAGAUCUUAACUAGUUAACAUUUACUAAGUUUUGGACUUUUUAAGUCUUUGAUAUGGUACGGGCAAUGUGGAAAAUGGGCUUUAAUUUUAAUUAACAUUGGUUUUAAUAAAUCAAAAAAAUUUUCAUUCCAAAAAACUUUCAAUUUAAAAAUAUAUUUGUGUUGGUUUGUUACUCACUCCCUCUUUUUGUGACAUGUUAUUUAUGCAUAUUGAAAUUUUAAUUUUCAUCAGAUAUAAUUUGAUUACUCCGUCUCGUAUAUAAUUCUAGGUUGUCCGUCGUAACUUUUUUUUUGGUGCAACACAAACGAUGUCUGGAGGACCUGCUGCCGAUGUUUUGCAACUAAAGGAAGAAGAUGUUGUGAAGUUCCUGCUGUCAGGAACCCAUUUAGGAUCUAGUAAUGUUGAUUUCCAAAUGCAGUGCUACAUAUACAAGAAGAAACCUGAUGGUAUUGUGGAUAAUAUUAUACUUGCUAUAUGAUUAGGAAUGUUGGGUAUCAGAUGUGCUGGAAAAAUUAUGCCGAUAUUAUUGGUAUAGCAGUUUUUCCGGCUUUUAAAUUAGAUAGGAAAAUUCCUUAGUGGAAAUUAGAAGGAAAUUUUGAUUUUGAAUAAUUCCAAAAGUGGGAACACCGUUUAUGAUAAUUUCAAAAUUCAAAGCUGUUGACAUUGUUUUUAACACAAAACGUUUACUUCUUUUACUUUGCAUUUGAGUAAAACAAAGAUCGAUGAUUUUGUCAUAUAAUCUGAUAUAUUUAUACAGAAAUUUUGGUAUAUCGGUAUGACCGAUAAACCGAUAUUGGUUUCAAUGUCAAUAUUUUUGGUAUAUUGGUAUACCAAACAUUCCUAGUUAUGACCAAGGACUUUGGUUUAGGUGUGUAUAUCUUUAAUCUCCGCAAAACCUGGGAGAAAUUGGUGAUGGCCGCUCGUAUCAUUGUUGCCAUUGAGAAUCCCGCUGAUGUUUGCGUUAUCUCUGCUCGACCUUACAGUCAG